AUGAAGACGUUGAGCCUUCUUGUGUCCCUCGCGGCACUGCUGCUGAUUCCUCCGUCUCAGGAGUCGCUCGGAUGCAAAUAUACGAAGAAUCUGACGGGCAACGGAGAUGGUACGUUUCGGAAUUGAAAUAGAUUCUCAGUUUAUUAGGGGAUUUUCAGGGGGCAAUGAGCACUGCCUCUACUAUUUUCUGCUCAAAAAAGAGUACGAGGAAUCGGGAAACAUCCACUCGUUGAUCGUAAAUCCUCCGAGGACCGACGAGAUGAAAAUCACUGUAAUCAACAUUAGAGGACCACAUUUAAAUAUUUGAAAGAUCUUCUUCAGAUUGAGAAUGUCCUUGUGAAAUAUGUCGAAUUGGUCAAAGGAUCGACAUAUCAGUUCAAUGUUUUCGGCGACAUUUACCUGGUAUUUCAUGUCUCGCUCCACCAUGCACUUAUUAUAAUUUUAAUGUCAGAAUUGGAAAGACGAGCGUCUGAUCUGGUCGAAAGACGGAGAAUUCGAUAUCUACGACCAUCUUUACCUGUCCAAUUCGAGUGCAAUUUGGACCCCGCACGUUAUAGAUCACACGUGAGUCACAAUGAAGAAAUUGGAGAGAAAAGGGGAAGUGGUCGGGAUGUGUGGAGUCUCAGAGAGCAAAAGCCGCGGGAAAAUCGGAUGAGCUUACAGGCUGUGCAUGGACGGCGGAUGCACUUAUUCGGUGGACGACGUCGACGUGUACGAGGGAGGAAUGGUCUACGCGAGGAUUCAGUUCAAGUACCAGGCGAGCUGCGCAGUCGACUAUAAAAAGUGAAAUCUUCUUCGGAUAAUCCCCUCAUUCACUCGGUUCAGAUUCCCGGAAGAAGAUGAUAGCUGCUGCAUUUUCUUCACCGCUUUCGAGCCAAACGUUCUCCGCACCAAAUUCGAAGUGGAAGGAAAGGCGAAAGAGAAACUGAGCAGACCGGUUUACGCGCAGAAAGUGUACGAGAGAGAGGAGCAGCUGAGUGAGAUGGCUCAGGAACACUCCCCGUGGGUUGUCGUGGAACGGACGAUUAGUGUGUCCCAUCUGGGAGGACUCGAGUCUCUGGAAGUGCUGCAAGUGUGUGUGAAGGCGGAGAAGCAGAUGAGCACGUUCCGAGUGGCGCUGCUCUUUCCGGUCACGCUGGCUACUUAUGUCAUGUUGGCGUCUCCCCUGUUCGGCGACCUUCGCACUCAGAUCUUCGUCAAACUGUUUGCUCUCCACGUCCAGACUCUCUGCUUUCUUUACCUGUGCACAAUAACUCCAGCCAAUGGAUUCUUGGGAAUUCGUCCUCAUAUCUGUAAGCACGCAUUCUGAUCUGAUCUGACCUUUCGUCCGUUCUUCAGACACCUUCUACGAGCUCAUCUUCUCCAUCAGCUUCCUGAGCAUCCUAAUCACUCUCGUCGUGAUGGCUCUCAGUCGUGUCAAACGGAACGUCCCUCCAUCUCACAGACUGUUCCUAACGGCAAAACUGGUCAGUCGCUCCGUUCUUUUUCAUCUUGUUGUGUUCUCAGGCAAAACACAAUUUACUCGAUUACUCUUUAUUUUUAAGAGACUUAAAAAUACAACCGAAUGCUGA